AUGAGGAUAUGGGUGCUAUUCCUCUUGUCUUUAAUUUGUGUCACCGUUCUCGUUGAAGCCUUCGAUAAUGCUCGAGGAAAAGUGCAAAACCAGACAGCAAUAGCUGAAGAGGACGAGCAUCAAAGUGUCGAAGAGGCGGUGAAACCACCAAGCAAACGAGGAGCAUCGAAGAAUAAAAAGUUACCCAAAGAAGAGACUGAUGAAGAAGAUGAACCCGUUGAUGAACCAAAAAGACAAGUGAAGAAAGGAAAGAAAAAGGCAAAACAAGAGGAAGAAGUAGAUGAUGAUGAAAAUAAAACCUACCCAAUCUGUCAAACACCUCCAAAGCCGAAAAAGGAGGCUGAAAAGAAAAAGGAUUUGGAAAAAGAUAGCCUACUUGGCUAUCUUUUCUUUAAAGAAAGUGAUGAGAAGAAAGAAACUGACACACUUGAUGAUGAUUAUGAUGAUGAUGAUGGGGACGCAUGUCAUUGUGAGAUGAAUGAUAUCACUUGUGAUAAUGUCCUUUUCGAGGAUGACAGCAAAUUAGACACGUUGAUGUUGCACUCGGUAAACAAAGACUUCAUCGCUUACACCUUUCGUGCAAGAGACAACACUUUCUAUUACUUGGAAAAGGAUAAAAUCAUUCCUGGAAUGGUUGAAAGUGUUAGUGAAGUGGAUCUUUCAAGGAAUAGAGUGAAAGAGAUCAAAAAUGAAGCUUUCUACAAUUUCAAGAAUAUGAGUGUCUUGAGUUUGGAAGGGAACAAUUUGAAGAAGCUAGACAAAAACGUUUUCAAGGGCGCUCCCGAAGAACAACUCCACCAACUAUUCUUGAACCAAAAUCGUUUCACGAAUUUACUUGAAAAGCCAUUCUCUUUGUUGAAGAACUUGAAGAUAUUGGUUCUCGAUUACAAUAAGAUCAAAGUCACCAGUGAUUUAUUCGAGGGAUUGGAAAAUCUUGAGGAACUCUCAAUGGAUUUUUGCCAUUUGGGAGACAAGAACUUUGAUGUGAACGUUUUUGAUAAGAUUCCAAAACUCCGUGUCCUUUCAUUGCGUGGAAACCAAUUCACCGAAGUGCCAAGAGCCAUUCAAAAGUUGCCGAAUCUGGAGCUGCUUGAUCUCUCAAAUACAAGCAUUUCAGAAUUCCACGAGAAAUCUUUCAUGGAUGAUCAGAGUCUCAAAGUAAAACUUGGGAUAAAGAAAAGCUUCAGCGCCGUCUUCCAAAAAGAA